AUGUUUAAAUCAAUAUUAUUUGAUAAAAUAAAAAAUCCCGAUGUCCCAGGAUUUGAAGAAAUUCUACCUCUACCACCUCCAAAGAUUACUGUAAAUACUUCUGAAAAAAUUAAAAAGUCUUGUAAUAGUAUAUCUUACCCAAAUAUAUUAUCUUAUUACAUCCCUCCAUCAAUACACACACAAGGUUCAGCAAAUCAAUCUUGGUGGAUACCAACCAGUCUUAAUACAUCUGAUGUAUAUACUCAAUGGUAUGAAUCUGCAUACAAAGCAGCAUUACAAGCUGUACAAGAAAAGGAUUCUACUGAUAAAACAAAAUUAAAAUAUUUUAAAAGAAAAUUAGAAGUUAUCGAUGCUAAAAUUGAUGCAGAAAAAGUUGCAAAUGCACAAAAUGAAUUGUCAUUGUUAAUGAAAUCACUUAAAUGUGAUUUAUGUAAUGCAAUUAUGAAUUCCACUUUGCAAGCAAAAUUACAUUAUCAAGGAAAACCUCACCAAAAAAAAGUUUCAAUGUUUCUUAAUCAAAGUGCAAAAAAAGUAAAACACGAAGAUGGUCAAGUAUCAAAUUUAAAUGACAAUGAUUGGGAUAUAUAUUGUGAAGUAUGCAAGACAUGGUUUACAUCUCCAACAGAUGCAUCUCAACAUUAUGCUGGUAAAAAACAUUUAAAAGUUGCUUUUGGAUUAAAUCGAACAAAAACAUCAAAAAAAGUUCAGUCUCAAACUAAUAUCUCAAUAGAUUCUACUGAUCAAUUUGGAAUAGGUUUAACUUAUUCUGAAAUACAAUUACCUUGCUUAUCAGUACUUGAAACCCCUUCAGUAGUAAUUUCAACACAAAAUUCAAUUUCAGAAUAUUCACAGUGUUACUUAACUCCUCUCCGAUGUGAUCUUUGUGGAAUUUCUGUAAAUCGCCAAGAUCAAUUAGAUAUGCAUACACGAGGAACAAAACAUAUAAAAAUGUUAAAAUUUCAUGGUUUUCCCCUAACAAAUGCAGAAGCAGUAUCUAUAAUCUCAAAACCUAUAGAUUAUUCUAUUUAUAGAACUCCAUCAGGACAGUACUAUUGUGCACCUUGUAAUAUUUCUUUAAACUCUGAAGUAACAUUCGGACGACACAUGGAAAGCAAAAAACAUAGAAAUCAAAUAAGUUCAAAAUCACAAACACCAUUAUCUCCA